AUGUCCGAAAGCGAAUCCAGUGUGAGCUUUAACAAUAAAAAACAAUUAGAAAUGUACGGAUACUUGUCGAAAGAUGUGACGUGGGAGAUUCAAGAGGAUCGACGUGAAUUUCUUUAUCAACUCGAUACCGUCGUCAAAAAUUGGAAAGGUCAACUUCCAAAUCUUCUAGACUUCUUCCAAAAAGAAGCGAUUUUUUGGCUUUUGAUAGAGUCCGUCAUAGACAUAGACGAACAUGACAUCGAGACACCGGGGAAACGAUUCAUAGAUUUUGUGGCUCGCAGCGCCUACAAAGACGACCCCUACGCAGAUAAAGACGGCAAGCCACUGUUGCGUCGCACCACGCCGGUGCAUCACGCGGCUAAGCACGUUACCAAUUACGUCAUAAUCUCUGAUCUCUUUAAAAUCUACGACAAAUUCGACGUAGCUUACAUAGACGAAGAUGGAUUAACACAUUUUCAAGUGGCCUGCUUGUAUGGUCUCGACACCGUCGUCGAAAAAUUCCUCGAACUCGGGCAAGAUCCCAACGGCCUCUCUCGAGGCACGGCAGCGAGAUACCCGCCGCUUUACUUGGCUCUACUCAACGGCCACGGGACAGUAGCCGAAUCGCUGCUGAGAAGAGGCGCCGAUCUGCUUCGAGCCAGUGCGGACGGAGUAACUCCUGUGCACAUGCUUGGCAAGAGAAAUCACAAUGAUGCCUUCCUUGAGACAUUUUUCGAGAUUGUCGAGGAGAAAUAUCUGACGUUGCAGGUCAACGCCAUAGACCAUGAUGGCCUUUUACCGUUACAUUAUGCUCUGAGGGGCAGAAACAAGAAACUGAUGGAACUGCUGUUGAGACACGGCGUGAAUCCGAAUUUGUGCAACAAACACGGAGAUACUGCGGUCAACGUUAAAAACGUACAGGGCGACACACCAUUGAUCUUGGCUAUGAAGAGUGGCAACAUAAAUGCAGUCGAACAGUUGCUGAGAAGGGGUGCCGACCCUCAUUUAGUCAACGACGACGGAGAGACUUGUUUGCAUAUUAUUUGCAAGAGCGACUGGAACGACGAAAACAUGGCAAAGAUGUUAUUUGAGGUCUGCGACGAGAAACAUCAGACGGUCCAGGUCGACGCACGGGACAAUGAGGGUUGGACACCAUUACUCGUGGCAAUAUACCAAGGAAACAUCAAUUUGGUAGAAUGUUUGCUAAGAAGAGGUGCUAGUCCGAAUCUAGCUGAUAAUAACGAACUUACUCCUUUGCACGCAAUAUGCGAGAGAAAAAACAGCGACGAUGGCUUGGCGAAGAGAUUUUUCGAGAUCACCGACGAAUUGAAUCAACAGGCCGAUCCAAAUUGGGCUGCCGAGAACGGUUUCACUCCUCUGCACGUCGUGUGUCUGAGAGAAGACGACGACGUUGACUUGGUGAAGAUGUUAUUCGAGAUAGGUGACAAAUUCAAUACGCCGAUCCAGAUCGACGCCCGAGACAGCGACGACAACACACCGUUGCACUUUGCUUUGGAUUGCGGCCACGAACAAAUAGCCAAAUGGCUGCUGAGAAGAGGAGCGGAUAUAAAUAUCAGCGACGAGCUGAAUCGAGCAGUCAAGGUCGACGCCAGGAACAAGCAGGGUGAAACGCCGCUCCACCAUGCUAUAAGACACGGACACAAGAAGGUAUUUGAAUUACUGCUCAGAAGAGACGCCAAUCCGAAUCUGGCCGAUAACGAUGGAUGGACGGCUCUGCACACGAUUUGCAUAGUCGCCGACGAUAGCGGCUGGGCGAAGAUGUUGUUUGAAAUCAGCGAGGAAAAUAAUCGAUGGGUGCAGAUCGAUGCUCGGGACACGAGCGACUUUACACCACUGCAUCACGCGCUGGUCAAAAAAGAGCUCAGGGCGGUGGUAGAAUUGCUUCUGAGAAAGGGCGCCGCUACUAAUUUAGUCGACUGCGACGGAUGGACUCCUCUGCACACAAUUUGCAAGUACGCUGACGACGAGGACCGCGUGAAGAUGUUGGUCGAGAUCAGCAACGAAGAAAAUAAGCCGGUCGAGGUCGACGCCCGGGACAAGUUGGGCCGGACGCCGCUACACCUGGCCCUGGCCGAAAGAAACUGUAGGGUGGUCGAGUAUCUGCUGAAAUUAGGCGCCGAUCCCAACUUGACGGACAAGAACGGAUUCUCGCCGUUGCACGUCAUCAGCAAGGAUCGUUACGACGACGAUGAAUUGCUCGAGCUGUUUUUCGACGCCAGCAAAGAGGCCGAUCGGCCGGUGCGGGUCGAUGUCCAAGACAAGAAGGGACGAACGCCUUUGCAAUGGGCCGUGGCGAAUCUUUCCCUAGAUAAGGUCGAUGUACUCCUGGAUCGGGGCGCUGAUCUGUCCAACUUCGUUUUUCCCAGCAAGAGCUUUUUCGUCGAGAGAUUUCGAUGGGUACGUGCGAUGGACGAAAAAUUAUCACUGGCGUCGAAAAUUGUGGCCGUCGUUGAGCGUCUCGAGAAAAGAGGAUACGAAUUUGACCGCAGCGACGUUCUGAAUAUCAUGAGUUUGUUCGCCGAUCACGGAUUGUUCGAGAAGUCUGUGGAUCUCGACGAAUAUUGGUACGACGACGAAGAAUUUGUGAGCAAAUCGAAAGAGAUAAUGGUGAAUCCUAGUCUAUCGCUUCACGACCUUAUCCGAUUGAGACCGGAAGAGGCGGCAAAACAACUGAAACCCGAGAACUAUAUCGAGUUGGCGCGUUCGAACAAAUUGUCGGACCUUCCCGAAGGCCACAGGGAGCUUUGCGUUCGGCAUCUGUGCGAAAAACUGUCUAGAGGAUUUUUCUGGCCAUGGGCACUGGAUGCUUUUUACGAACUGAAACACUGCCAGCUACCGGUUCUCUGCUGUGAAAUGAUCAUUGCGAAGCUAAAGAACGAGGAUUUACAUAAUAUUUGCUUGGCAUGCAUUCUUGCAUAG